CGCAAAUGAAAACAAAUGGCCAUGGCCACGCGACGUCCAGCGAGACCGAAACCGAUGAUUCAGAGCUCGACGACAACGAUACCCCUACCCUCACUCUCACAAAGUACUUCAACCCUGCAACAUCCCUCAUCUACAAACACAUUCUCGAACCGCCGUCCCCGGUUACGUCUUUCUUCCCGCGUCCAUUCCAGUUGACAUCGGAGAAAUAUUAUCAACACGAGGAGAGCACUGACCUUCGCAACGCCCGACUCGUCACCCCCAUUGACCACAAGGGUGCCAACAUGGAGGCUGCCAUGGACGCAACUACAGGGUGGGUGCAUAAACUUGUCGAAAGAGCAGUGAGGAGAUUCGAGAGAUUACACACAGCAGAAGACAUCUACAGCAACGCCAAUUUUUAAAUGGUCUGUUUUUCCUUCGCGACGACUGUGGUGCUCAGGCAGCGUGUGUUUUGGUAUGCUCCGCCUUCAAGACUACGACAACGAACCCUGGUCACAAAUCGGUUCGGUUGAUUGGUCGAUUGAAUAUAUGCAUAGAAAUUUGUUUUUGCCGUAGAGUGUGCGAGCCGGGGAGAGCGAAUAUUGUAUUGAAUCUUGUCGUUAUGAGCAAGGGGGUCUCUGGAAUUGAAGACCCUGCUCCGUCCUGCGAUGUUGAUAAACGCUGGCGAUUCGACCAGGGCCAGCUUCGAAGGUUAGCUUAGACAGGAAUUUGCGUAGAACGACCAAGUUUUGUAUUGUUUCUCGUCUAUUCUACCG